AUGGCCAGUGCUAACUGAGAAAUGCUUCCUGAGAAUUCUCCAUCUAGCAGAGAUAAUGGAAGCCUUCUCAUUCUCUUCCUCACAGUACGCAAUUCCUACCACUAGCACUCCCUUUCCCUUAUCUUCCUCUAUUUUCGCAGCGAAACCGAUUCCCUCCACCGCCACUUCUUCUUCCUCUUCCUCUUCUGUGUUUGUUUGCCUCAAACCACCGCCUGAUUCUACUGAUUAUUCCAAUUCUUCCUCGCUUUCCGGCAACCGGCUACGCCGCCCCAAUAAAUCCCUUCAAACCUCAUCUCCUUCCUCGCAGCAGAAUCCGUUAACUCCAUCUAAGUCUAAUCCUCUCAAGAAGAAUCCCCUCAAUUCUUCUGCUCAUGUUACUUCCAUUCCUAAUAAUUCCCACUCGCAUUCCCUUACAAACAAGCUCUGGCUCACAAGCAAGCUCUCUCCACCACCACCGCCUCCUCCUUCGCCCCCGCGAGACCAAGAUGAGGAAGAAACAGGAAACAUGGAUAGCCGUGAAACUGGGAACUCCGAAUCUGAUGACUCGGAUACUGAUAUCUCAAACCCGGCAACUCAGUUCCGGCAAGAGGGGAAAAUAUUUGUGGGUAACUUGCCCAAUUGGGUUAAGAAAAACGAGGUUACUGAGUUCUUUCGGCAGUUUGGGCCGAUACAGAAUGUGAUUCUGAUUAAGGGUCAUAAUAAUACAGAGACGAAUGCGGGUUUUGGGUUUGUGAUUUAUGGAGGUCCAACUGCGGAUAAUUCAGCCAUGAAAGCUGUUGAGUUCGAUGGUGUUGAAUUCCACGGUAGAAUUCUGACUGUGAAGUUGGAUGAUGGAAGGAGAUUGAAGGAGAAAGCGGAGGAGAGAGCACGAUGGGUGGAAGGGGACGAGGGAGUUGAGUAUCGUUCCAAGUGGCAUGAGGAGAGGGAGAGCUCUAGAAAAGAAUUCAGAAAGAUAUUAGAGACUGAGCCAGAGAACUGGCAGGCUGUUGUUCGGUCCUUCGAGAGAAUUAAGAAGCCUUCCAGAAAAGAAUAUGGCUUGAUGGUUAAGUAUUAUGCAAGACGAGGGGACAUGCAUCGUGCACGUCAAACAUUUGAGAGCAUGCGAGCAAGAGGAAUAGAGCCAUCUUCACAUGUGUACACGAGUCUUAUUCAUGCUUAUGCAGUUGGAAGAGAUAUGGAAGAAGCUUUACUUUGUGUUAGGAAGAUGAAGGAGGAGGGCAUUGAAAUGAGUUUGGUGACAUAUAGUAUUAUUGUCGGAGGAUUUGCUAGAGUGGGUGAUGCUGAUGCUGCAGAUCACUGGUUUAAGGAGGCCAAAGAGAGGCAUCUAUCCUUGAAUGCAAUCAUUUAUAGCAACAUAAUUUAUGCACACUGCCAAACUCGCAAUAUGCAAAAAGCUGAAGCCUUGGUGAGGGAGAUGGAAGAACAAGGAAUAGAUGCUCCCAUUGACAUAUAUCAUACCAUGAUGGAUGGUUAUACUAUGAUUGACAAUGAAGAAAAAUGCUUGAUUGUGUUUGACAGACUUAAGGAAUGUGGUUUCACACCCUCCGUUGUCACCUAUGGCUGUCUUAUUAAUCUUUACACCAAGAUUGGGAAAGUUUCUGAAGCAUUGGAGAUUAGCAAAAUGAUGAAAAUGGCUGGAAUAAAACAUAACAUGAAGACCUACUCUAUGUUGAUCAAUGGAUUCUUAAAGUUAAAAGACUGGGCCAAUGCCUUUGCAGUUUUUGAAGAUGUUUCAAAAGAUGGUUUGAAGCCUGAUGUAGUGCUCUACAAUAAUAUCAUAAGAGCUUUUUGUGGGAUGGGUAAUAUGGAUCGUGCUAUUCGUAUUGUGAUGGAAAUGCAGAAGGAGAGGCAUAGACCUACAACACGGACGUUUAUGCCCAUUAUACAUGGUUUUGCAAGAGAGGGACAGAUGAGAAGAGCGCUAGAUAUUUUUGAUAUGAUGAGGAGGAGUGGCUGCAUUCCCACUGUACACACAUAUAAUGCUCUUAUUCUUGGCCUUGUUGAGAAGCGUCAGAUGGAAAAGGCUGUGGGAAUAUUGGAUGAAAUGAAUCUGGCGGGCAUUAGCCCAAAUGAACACACAUACACGAGUAUCAUGCAUGGUUAUGCAUCAUUGGGUGACAUUGGAAAGGCCUUCGAGUACUUCUCCAGAUUGAAGAAUGAGGGACUGGAGGUUGAUGUAUAUACAUACGAGGCUUUGUUGAAGGCAUGUUGCAAGUCAGGCAGAAUGCAGAGUGCUCUGGCAGUCACAAAAGAAAUGAGUGCAAGAAAGAUUCCAAGAAAUACCUUUGUCUAUAACAUACUGGUUGAUGGGUGGGCUCGGAGAGGUGAUGUUUGGGAGGCUGCAGACCUGUUGCAACAAAUGAAAAAGGAAGGGGUUCAACCUGACGUCCAUACUUAUACAUCAUUUGUAAAUGCUUGUUCUAAAGCUGGGGAUAUGAUGAGAGCUACUCAGAUUAUUCAAGAAAUGGAAGCUUGUGGUAUAAAACCAAAUGUGAAGACCUACACCACUGUAAUUCAUGGUUGGGCUCGUGCUUCUCUUCCAGAGAAGGCAUUGAAGUGCUUUGAAGAGAUGAAAGCUUCUGGGUUGAAGCCUGAUAAAGCAGUGUAUCACUGUCUGGUGACAUCUUUGCUUUCCAGAGCAACUUUUGCUGAAGCUUACAUUUACAAUGGACUCUUGUCCAUAUGUACAGAGAUGGUAGAGUCUGAGAUGACUGUAGACAUGGGAACUGCUGUACACUGGUCGAAAUGUUUACGGAAGAUUGAAAGAACCGGCGGUGAACUUACACAAAUCUUGCAGAAGACUUUCCCCCCUGAUUGGACUUCCCAUUCUGUUGUUGUUGAUGCCAAUUCUGAGACUGAAACUAGUGAUGCUGAAAUUGAUGAUGAUGAUGAUCAUAUGCAUGAGAGCAGUGAUGACGAUGACAAUUCUGAUUUUGAUAUCGUUAUGUCUUACAGUUCACGGCCAUGAAUGUUGAUGUUAAUGUUAAUGUUAAUAGCAGUGAAUGGGUUUUAAAGUUUGUAAUUCCAAUCCUUUUCCUUGUGCUCA